GUGCAGUUUAGCUAACAAUGGCAUCCACACUGAAGGUGAAAGAAGCCACUGGCAACCACAGUUCAUGGGAUACUUUGCUACCAGAUUUCCCUAAAGGACCUCUUUGCAAGUAUCGUAAGAAAGCUUCCUUUAACUGGAAGGAGAUGGCAGUGUUACUAGAUGGUGAAGAUAUCAUCCGGCUUAAGAACAGAAUUUUCUCUGCUCUGGAAAGUGAUCCUCUCUUUGCACAUCAUCCUGGAGAAGAUUUGUGCCGUGAGAAAUAUCAGGAGCUGACAUUCCUGCGCUGUAAAAGGAUCUUUGAGUAUGAUUUUCUUACUCAGCAAGAGAUCAUAGAGAACCCAUUAAAGAUAUUUAAUAUGGUGAUCUGUAUAGGAAUGUACGAUUGGUCUCCAUGUCUCCAGUAUUUCUUACAUUGCGGUGUAUUUGGAGGUACAAUUUUGAGUGCUUCUAAGAGGUUUGCAGACCUUUUUAAACAAGUUUAUAGCAUGGAG